GUGUAGAACUGUCAAAACAAUAAGUGAUGUGGUUUAUGUGUUUUACUUUUGGAGGCGUACAAAAUUAUUAUAAUUGUAUUUAAACAUAAAAAUUAACUAUGGGGACAGCGGGACAGUCCAUAACGUUAGCUAACAGUAUUAUAGGAGUCGGGAUAUUGGCUAUGCCAUUCUGCUUUCAACAAUGUGGUGUGUUACUGGCUACCCUCAUCCUUCUAUUCAUGGGACUCGUCUCCAGGCUAUGUUGUUAUUUUCUACUGAAAUCAGCUUUACUUGCUAGAAGAAGAAAUUUUGAAUUCUUAGCAUUUCAUGUAUUUGGCCCCGCUGGGAAGUUGGCAGUUGAAAUCGGCAUCAUAGGGUUCCUGAUGGGCACAUGUAUAGCUUACUUUGUGGUUGUGGGGGACCUUGGACCACAGAUUAUAGCUAAACUCUUCAACAUCAACCAAAGUGAUAUUCUCAGGACAUCUAUAAUGGUGUUGGUGUCACUAUUGUGUGUGCUGCCGUUAGGUCUGCUGAGAAAUGUUGACAGCUUGAGUAAUGUCAGUGCGGCAACAAUUGGAUUUUAUUUCUGUCUCGUCAUGAAGGUGAUAGCAGAGGCCGCGUCUCAGGUGUGGACGGGCGAAUGGCAGGUCCACAUGGAGCUGUGGAAACCGUCGGGGCUGCUGCAGUGCGUGCCCAUAUUCUCCAUGGCUCUCUUCUGUCAGACGCAGCUGUUUGAGAUCUUCGAGUCUCUGCCCACACUUUCCUUGGAGAAGAUGAACUUGGUGACAAAGAACGCGAUCAACAUUUGCACGGGCGUGUAUUUCACGCUGGGCGUCUUCGGAUACAUCGCGUUUUGUUCGCAGCAGAUUUCAGGCAAUAUCUUGAUGAGCCUAAGCCCGACCAUGGGCAGUGACGUCAUCAAGCUGGGCUUCGUGCUGUCGCUGGCGUUCAGCUUCCCCCUCAUAAUCUUCCCGUGCCGCGCCAGCCUCUACUCUCUACUCUACAACAAGGUGCACUCGUCCCACCUCGACCACAUAAUAAACCACUCGAUACCAGAAACCUCAUUUCGAUGUAUAACGGUCGCCAUAAUAGCUGUGACGCUCUUUAUUAGCCUGCUCAUACCCAACAUAGAGUUGGUACUAGGUCUGGUGGGGUCCACCAUCGGUAUUAUCAUAUGUAUCAUAUUCCCGUGCGCUUGCUUCGUGAAUGUCACCUUCAAGAAUACGAACGAGCGAGUGCUUGCUAAGGGCGUGUUAGUACUCGGCCUUAUAAUAAUGGUGCUGGGCACGUACGCCAACUUGCAAGCGGCGGAGAGCCAGAAGGACAAGUACGACGAGAGGUUCAUCACUCCAGAGAAGAUCGACAAGAUGGUGGAGGAGUUCUUCCAGAAAAACGACAAAUCCGGUGAUGAUGACAGUAUGAUGGUGAAGCCUAUCGAUAAAAACGACGUUAAAAUAGACGAAAAUGUUAUAAAGGACUCCAAGGCUCUCCCCCCGAACCCGGUGCCACCAGAAUCACUUGAAACGCCCAUAAAAGAACCUAAACAUGAGUUAAAAGAGUUGGAAAAUCCCAUAGUUUCAGUUCAUCCAAAAAAUUUGAAGAAAAAUGACGAUUUAAAUUCAAUUAAUGGUGAAAAUAAUAAAAUUAGUAAUGGGGCUGUCAGCGAUAUUGACAAACCUGUUGAUAAACCAAUAGAGGAAAAGCAAGUCAAUGGAGAUAAGAAAGAUAUGGAGAAGAAGCAACAAGCACUGAUUGAGACGAUAAAGCAACAUGGAGAAGAACAGAAAGAACUACUGAAAGAACAACAAGAGAUAUUAGAUGAAAUUUUGAAAACUAAAAAAGAGAUGGAGCAGAAAUCAGAAGCCGAAAAGAAUAACGAAGCUAAAAAGAUAGCCGUUGAAAGUAUUAAAAAGAUAGCUGAUAUGGCUAUUCAAAGGUUAGUGGGAGUUUCUGAAAGUCCAACGGAAAAUAAGAAGAAAGAUAAUAUUGAAAAAUCUGAUGAAGCUGUUGAGGAAAUUGCUAAGAAGGCUGUUGAAACCAUUGAGGCUAUCCAAGAAAUUAAUAAGAAGGCCGAAGAUAACCCCGAACAAAUAGCUAUUCCAGUGCCGACUUCUGCACCAGGGCCUUCUCAAAGUGUACCACAGCCUGCUCAGAAUGUACAGCAUGCAGUCCAAAACGUGCAGAAUAUACCUUCACCGAUUCUAAAUCUACCUGUUCUCCAGAAUAAACCACCUGUCCAGAAUAUUCAACAACCCGUGCAAAAUGUACAACUAAAUGAAAAAUCGCAACAGUCUGCCCAGAUUGAACAAUCAGUUAAAAAUUUGCAACAACCUGCACAGGAUUUACAAUCGAUACAAAAUCAACAACAAUCUGUCCAAAAUGCACAAUCGAUUAUCAAUCAAUAUUCGCAACAAUUUGCACAAAAUGUUCAACAGCCACAGCAGCCAUUAGCAAGCGCACAACAGCCUCAAAACAUUCAGUCUCAAGUCCGUAAUCCACAACAACAAGAACAAAACUUGCCUGGUAACGCACAACAACCAGCAAAUAACGACCAACCCCGACAAAAAAUAGAACAAUCAGUUAAAAACGAUGUACCACAAUCUGUUCAAAACGUUGAAGAACUAAGAAAACAAGAGGAUAAUUGGCAAGUUGAACAAAAUGAACCCAACCAAAAUAAUCAGCAGCAAGUACAUAACAUUAUUCAAACAAUUCAAAACGGCCAACCAGUGCAAAAUGUGCAACAGCAGUCUCAGCCGAGUAAUCAAAAUGCACAGGUGGCUCAGAAUGUACAAAAUCCAGUUGAUAAUGUUCCAAACGUUCCACAAAACAUUCCGUUGUCAGCGAACGUAGCACAAUUCGUUACUAAUAACCGACCUAAUCGACACGUCCAAAACGGAAACGCGCAAGUACAAAGUGAUCUGAAAGAAAAAGGACAUAUUCAUUCACAAGAUGAACCAAAAUCGUAUCGCCUAGGCGAAGAUGCACAGAAAUUAGAUGGUAAUGUAAAUAAUAUACAAUCUGAAGCUCAGAAUAAUCAGAAUGCUGAUUUAAAAGCAGAUGCUUCUAAAGUAAAUGAUAAAAAAAUAGAAAAUGGUGCUAAAAAUCCAGUUUCGAGACAGAAAAGAGAAGUCGUUGACUGCACGGAGAAAUCAGCUUUAAAACCAGAGGACAGAGAAAUAUGUGAACGAUUAAUAAAUGUGCCCCAAUAUAAAAGUGAUAAAAUAGAUUUGCCCAAUGUAGAUUUGAACGACAUAUUGCCUAGAAGACUACCUUUGGAAGCGAAUAUGGUUCAUAUCGGGAGAUCACUUAAAAGUUAUGAUGAAAAUGAAAAUAGAUAACUUUAGCAUAUUGUUGCCAAUUUGGCUCCACCAUGUUCUGUAUUAUAUAUGCAUUUAUUUAUUGUUAUUUAUGCUUUUAGUGAGACUAAGCGGUGUAAAUUUUGUUAAAUCAGUAGCUAAUAUUUAUUACGUAAAAAAAUUAUUAUUUUCCGUAUACUUAUAACUUUUAAAGUCAUCUAUAUGUAACAACUCGAAUGAAAUUCGUUCUAGUACCCCGUUUUGUUUUGCUUGUUCAUAAAACAAUCUAAUUUAUUCAUAUUCAUGCGUUCCUACUAUUGUAAAUAGUUAUCGGAAAUGUUUCUAUGUAAAUUACCUAUUGUUAUUGGGUUGCACAACUAAUAAGUACUAUUAAUGAUAGUUUAGUAUUUAUGUCAGUCUUCGCGUAAGUGUUAACAUAAGUUUGUGAUCUCGAGUUUCAAAAUAAAGGCCAUGAAACGUCUUAUAGAUGUCGGCAACGAGUAAAUUGUGAUUAACGACUGAUUACUUAUAAAAUAAAUUGUUUUAACUUGUA